GUUUUCAUAAAACUGGCAGCUACGGUAUAAUCACCACAAUCAUAUUUAGCCGAGUCGGAAUUGAACUUUCGUAAGCCCCACUCUAUCUCUCCUCGCUCGUCUUCUCUACCUGAGCGAACGAAAAAGAAUCGAAGCAAAGCGACCUAACUCUCAGAGCAACAAUGGCAGGCUCCGCCAUGGUGUUGGACCCGAAACCCUUACCGGAGCCACCAGCUUCGUUCCCCUCCAUUAGAUCGGACCUCCAGGCUUCGUCGGAGCAGCACCAGGCCUCCGACGAGGACGAUCUCUACAGCCGCCUCAAAUCCCUUCAGCGGCAACUCGAGUUCAUCGACAUCCAGGAGGAGUAUGUCAAGGACGAGCAGAAGAACCUGAAGCGCGAGCUCCUUCGUGCCCAAGAAGAGGUCAAGAGGAUCCAGUCGGUGCCUCUUGUCAUCGGCCAGUUUAUGGAGAUGGUCGAUCAGAACAAUGGGAUUGUGGGCUCCACUACGGGCUCCAAUUACUAUGUUAGGAUUCUCAGCACCAUUAAUCGGGAGCUUCUCAAGCCUUCUGCUUCGGUCGCCUUGCAUCGCCACUCCAAUGCCCUUGUCGACGUUCUGCCUCCGGAGGCCGACUCCAGCAUUUCGCUCCUCAGCCAGUCUGAGAAGCCCGACGUCACUUAUUCUGAUAUUGGAGGAUGCGAUAUUCAGAAGCAAGAAAUCCGUGAAGCAGUAGAACUGCCACUUACUCACCAUGAGUUAUACAAACAGAUUGGAAUAGACCCGCCACGUGGUGUGUUGCUCUAUGGUCCACCUGGAACUGGUAAAACCAUGUUAGCAAAGGCUGUUGCUAAUCAUACAACUGCUGCCUUCAUUAGAGUUGUUGGUUCAGAAUUUGUUCAGAAGUAUUUGGGUGAGGGUCCACGAAUGGUUCGUGAUGUUUUCCGUCUGGCCAAGGAGAAUGCACCUGCAAUCAUUUUUAUUGACGAGGUGGAUGCUAUUGCUACUGCUAGGUUUGAUGCUCAAACUGGAGCUGACAGAGAAGUACAGAGAAUCCUUAUGGAGCUCCUCAAUCAGAUGGAUGGUUUCGACCAGACAGUAAAUGUUAAGGUCAUAAUGGCAACUAAUCGAGCAGACACAUUGGAUCCUGCACUUCUGCGUCCUGGAAGGCUUGAUCGGAAGAUUGAAUUUCCUUUGCCUGAUAGGAGGCAGAAAAGACUUGUUUUUCAGGUUUGCACUGCUAAAAUGAACCUGGGUGAUGAAGUGGACUUGGAAGAUUAUGUCUCUCGGCCAGAUAAAAUCAGUGCUGCUGAGAUUUCAGCUAUAUGUCAAGAAGCAGGAAUGCAUGCAGUUCGCAAGAACCGGUAUGUCAUACUCCCGAAGGACUUUGAGAAGGGUUACCAAAUCAAUGUGAAGAAGCCCGACACUGACUUUGAAUUCUACAAAUGAUUGGUGCUUGAAGCUCAUAUGAUAAUGCCGUUGCUCGGGUUGCUGAAGGUCAUUAUCACAAAAGCCGCAUCUGGAGAUAUGGUUUCUUUGAACAAUUAUAUAGCCCAAUGGAGAGGUUGUCUGUUAGGACAUUCCAAGUUAAUGCGGUGAUGUAUGAUGCUGAGCCAUGAAGUGGUUUUAUUUUCUAAAGAUAUUUUUCUUGUUGUCUAUUAAAUUUCUGGAUGCGUUUUAGUUGGAGACUUGUUUAGGGAAACUGUAACAAAGUAUACUGAAAUUACUUUUCAUUCUUACUGUUUGUAGUGAUGCACAAUUUGCUCGCUUGUUACUUGCUAUUCUGUUUCCUA